AUGAAUGCGUUGGUUAAACAAAAUCGAAAAACAACAGACUCUCUCUCUCUCUCUCUCUCUCUCUUUCUUUUAGUCACUCUCAGUACUGCUCCAUUGUGUUUCUCCCUCUCUAUCUCUCUAUCUGUCUUUCUCACUAUUGCUCCAUUGUGUUUCUCACGCUUUCUCUCUCUCACUGCUGCUUCAUUGUGUUUCUACCUAUCUCUCUCUAUUUCUCAAUGCUGCUCCAUUGUGUUUCUCUGUGUGUGUUUCUCUCUCUCUCCCUGUCUCAUUCAAUGCUGCACCAUUAUGUUUGUUCUCUCUCUCUCCUUUCACUCUUCUCUCUCUCUCUCCUCUCUCAGAUUCCUCUCUCUUUCCUCUCUCAAUGUUGCAACAUUGUGCUUCUUACUCUUCUUUCUUUCUUUCUUUCUUUCUUUCUUUCUUUCUUUCUUUCUUUCUUUCUUUCUUCCCCUCUCUUCUUUCGCUCCCACCUCUCUCUCUUUUAAUACUGGCCCAUUGUGUUUCUCUCUCUCCUUUCUUUCUCCCCUUUCACUCAAUUCUUUCUCACCCUCUUUAUCUCUCUCUGUAUUCCUCAAGGCGAAUCGCAAGCCUUAUGAAGAUAGAAGAUCAGUCGAAACGUCGUAA